UCCAGACCGGAGAGAAGUCUUAAUUCUGCUGUUAUUUCACACAUAAUCUGUAAAAAUGGGAGACAAGAACUCAGAUCAGAGUAUCAUGGACAAAUCCAUGCGAUCGGUUUUCGUCGGAAACAUCCCGUACGAAGCCACAGAGGAGAAGCUGAAGGAGAUCUUCAGUGAAGUGGGUCCUGUAAUAUCCCUCAAACUGGUGUUUGACAGGGAGAGCGGCAAACCUAAAGGUUAUGGUUUCUGCGAGUACAAGGACCAGGAAACUGCCCUCAGUGCCAUGAGGAAUCUCAACGGGUAUGAAAUUGGUGGACGAACACUACGAGUGGACAAUGCGUGUACGGAGAAGUCCCGGAUGGAGAUGCAGCAACUGCUGCAGGGUCCUCAAGUGGAGAAUCCCUAUGGAGAGCCUUGUGAUCCCGAGAGCGCGCCAGAGCUCAUCACAAAGACCGUGGCAUCGCUGCCGCCUGAGCAGAUGUACGAGCUGAUGAAGCAAAUGAAGACUUGCAUUCAAAACAAUCCAUCGGAAGCACGCCAAAUGCUCUUGCUGAAUCCUCAGCUGGCGUACGCUCUCCUCCAAGCCCAGGUGGUUAUGCGGAUUGUGGAUCCUGCUACAGCGGCCACGAUGCUGUUCAAGCCCAACCAGAUGCCGCCUGUGCUCACCAACCAGACGGUGACGCAGAUUCAGCUGCAGCAGCAGCAACAACAGCAACAGCAGCAGCAGAUGACUGUUCCGCAGCCCGUUCCUCCUGUGAGUAUGAGCCGAAACGACUUUUCCGCCCCACUUGGACAGGACAUCGAUCUGCGCUCAGUGGAUCCGCGACUCACGCGCUCCCUGGACCAGGAUAUGCGCUCCCUGGGGCAGCCAUUACCUGUGCCGGAUGCUUUUGGACCGACGCCGCGUGCAGCUCGCCAGGUGGCACCCACUUUCCCCGCCGGAGAUCCUCGGCAGCGCCCCAUUGAUCCACGCACCAACAAGGUGCCUCCCUCAGUCAACGUUCCCGUCGUGGCGGGAAUCUCGGCAGCCCAGGUUGGCCCCGCCGGAGCCGCGGCUGCAGCCGCCGUGAGGGGCAUCCCUAGUGACGCCAGCGAUCACGAGAAGGCGGCCCUCAUCAUGCAAGUCCUCCAGCUCUCGGACGAGCAGAUUGCAAUGUUGCCGCCGGAGCAGCGAAACAGCAUUCUGGUGCUCAAGGAGCAGAUUGCGAAGAGCACUCAACGCUGAGAGGAUUUCCUGUAAUCCAACAUGCUAAUAAAACUUAUAAAUACGAAAA